CCAGGGGAAAAAGUUAUUCUUGAAGUACAGAGAUGGUUUUGCUCAUUUUGAGCAGUGGAGAAUAAAGCGGUUCAGUAGGUAGACACCACCAGAGGGAGGGUUUGAAACUGGCCUGGAAAGAGCAGCUGUGGAGAGAGGUGUGGAGGCCUGGCUGACGUGAAGGGAAAGCCAAAGAUGGUGAGUAUUGUAGUUUGUAUGCAUCACCACUGUACAUUCUUUUCUGCUUCUUUUUACUCACUUAAAAAUGCAAAAAGCGUUCUUAGGUCUCGGGAUGGACAGAAAUGACACAUGAGAUUGAUUGGUUCAUGGGUCAUUAUCUACUGACAAAGCUUGGCUAUUACGGCAAGGCAAGAUUAAAGGUAAGAAGAUAAUUUGAAGGUGAUUCUGACCCGGGGAAAGGCAGGGGGAGACUGCCCUGAGUUGGGUCAGUGAAUGUACAGCCAGAGAUUAAUGUGUGGAGCUAAUCAGGAAGUAGAAUUCAGUGGGCGUGCACACGUACAUGAUUGACUGCAGAUUUUUGAAAUUUAUCUUUCAAGGAUUUUUCCAUGCAUCAGGUUGUUGUUGAGACACUUGGAGCUGUCAAAUGAUGUCCAGCUGAGUAAGUCUGUUGCUUCCCAAAUGAGCAGUGAUACUUGGGUUUAAUAGAGACAGAUUUCGUGAGGGCAUUCACCAUCCUCUUCUUCCUUGGCUAAGGGAGUGAAUCACGAGGCCCAGUCUUCCAUGCUGGAAACCUCAGCUCUAUGAGUGUAGCACAGUGCAUCCCGUCAAUCUUCACCAUUCCUGCCGCUGUAGCGUGAAGUCUCACUCCUCUGUGAGAUUGUCUCUGAAAUGGAGACAAUCAUGACCAUGACCACGUCAGUGCACACUGAGCAAGCCAGUCUUUUUCCCUUGGGUGUUACAUGUAGGAAUGAAUGUAAACCCUGUUUCUUCCCGUCCCCUCAUGGCUCCUCUGCCUCUUCCAUUUCUGGCAAUACUGUCUUCUAGCUGUUCAAGCUUUUGCUAGUGUUUCACCAACUCUCUUCAGUUUUGCCAACUGCCGUCUGUCCCGCAUGUUACUUCAUGUCCAUCCCUUGCCCCUCAGUGAGAACGGCUCACUUUGAAUGGCCUUUAACUUUUUCUCUCACUGUAAAGCCUUUCUCCUUCUUUCCUAGCUGGGGAAUAAUCUUUUUCAAAUGUAUUUUUAACUAUCAGUCAAAAUAGCCAGUUUAUUUUUCCUGUCACAGAAACUUAAACUAUCCAGUUUAAAUUAGUUAAGUUACUAUUAGUUUUGUUUUAUUUAAUUAAAAAUAUUUUCAUUGCUAGGUAUGGGUGGUACACAGCUUUAAUCUCAGCACUUGAGAUACAGAGAUAGGUGGAUCACUGUGAAUUCAAGGCCACCCUGGUCUACAUAGGGAGACCAUGUCUUAAACAAAAUAAAAUUAAAAAAUAUUCUUUGAGAAUUUCAUGUAUCAUACUUUGGUUAUAAUUAUACCUCCCUAUCUUCCAGAUCCACAGCCUCUUUUAUACCCACCCAACUUUAUGUCUUCAUUAAAACAAAGCAAAAGAAAAAUAAUGAACAAAACCCAGUUUGUGCUCCUGUCCCUUUCAAAUCAUUGUGCUGUCUCUAUCCCAAAGGCUAGUGAUAUUUUAAAGUGUGGAAGCCCAUGCUAGUGUUAGCUCACUUUUGGAACAUAAAUAGAAUUGUGCAAUAGUGACUCUCUUGCAUCCGAUAGUUAUCCAUAUUCUGUUCAGUUGUAAUCUAUACAAGUUGUUUCAACAGAUGGAAUGUGGCAACAGCAACUAACCCUUGUGACUGUAAUUACUGGAUAAUAAUUAUGUUAUAUUGAAUAAUAAUUAUGUUAUACCGGAUGAUAAUUAUGUCACACUGGAUAAUUGCACUUUGAAACUUCCUCCUUCACUUUAUUUGACGCUGCUGCUGUUAGUGUGCCUAUAUGCAAUUUACUCCUUAUUCAUUGUAUUUUAUUAGACUUGUAAACAUAAUGUCUUUAUUUCAUGGUUUCCAGUUCACCCAUUUUCUCAUGAGCAGUCCUAUUUCUCCUUUGCCAUAUAAGACCACUGCAACUUAACACAUGACCCACGUUUUUCAUCUUGUGCUGUCCCUGUCUUGGUUUCAGCCAAGGUUGUUCUCCUGUCUGAGGCUCCAGAGGGGGUGAGAUUCACUUCUUAGCUCUAUGGCCGUGAACAGAAUUCAGCUCCUUCUCAGAAUCACAGGACUUGAUGUUGGCCAAAGCAACUGAAAAACUCAAGUGCAGCAGCCUCCUUUAUGGGGUCCAGUGUAAUUCCAGGCAUGAGAGUUCACUCUUGGCACAUCCCACUGACUGAAACAAGUUGUGUAACCCACUUACACCAAAGAGAAGUAACCAGAAAAGAACCUGAACACCAGAAGACACAAGCGACACAGUCACCCUGGAGGCUGUGUGUGAAACAUGGUAAUUUUUAAUUGAAUUCCAGACAUUGUGGUGUUUACUUUAUUGGGAACUUGAUAAUCUUGCAUUCCUGGAUUUUUGUUUUAUUUUGAGGCACACUUAGGUGUCCUGGAAACAGUUUAUCCUUUGAGACCUUCUCUCACACUUAGGUGUCCUGGAAACAGUUUAUCCUUGAGACCUUCUCUCGCUCUUAUUUUCAGUGCUAAGGAUGGAACUCAGGGCCUUGCAUAUCACAGGGUAAUACUCUUCCAUUGAAUUAUAGUCCCAAAUUUUGAUUUUUUUUUUUAAAGACAGGCUUUCAAAUAUAGCUCAGGUUAACCUUACACAUUCUCUACAGCCCAGGAUGGCCACUAAAUCACAAUCCUCCUGAUUCUGUCCCCUAACUUCUGGGAUCAUAAGCAUAUGCCAUCACACUCAGCUAUUACUAUAUAGUCUUUUGAUAGGUAGAACGGCAGUAGGAUUUAUUCUAAAGCUUUGGUUCUCAGUUUGUGGCAGUUUUGCUUCAUUGGUCACUUGGCAAUGUCUGGAGGGAAUUUUCACAAUUAAGAUAGAUAUUACUUCCAGCAGGGUUGGAAGAAAUCAUGGAUACUGUCGAAUAUCCUACAGUGCCCAACAUAUUGUCCUGUAAUGAGAAACUGAAGUGUCAGCAUCAAAGUCGAGAAACCUUGAUAUGCAUUGUCGCGCCCACCUCGACCAGCAAGGAAGACGCAACACCAGAGCUCUUCUUGCAAGCAGUUUAUUCAGGACCUUGUUCACAGCAAUCUUUCUCCUUCUUCUCCUUCUCCUUCUCCUUCUCCUUCUCCUUCUCCUUCUCCUUCUCCUUCUCCUUCUCCUUCUCCUUCUCUUUCUCUUUCUCCUUCUCCUUCUCCUUCUCCUUCUCCUUCUCCUUCUCCUUCUCCUUCUCCUUCUCUUUCUCUUUCUCUCUUUCUCCGGGCAAACCUCUCCCAGCCUUUAAAACGGCAUGGACUGCCAACCCCGGAUUGCCACGUGGGCACUGCCCAUAGGUCCACGCAUAUGCAAGCAGCUGACGAUCAUUGCAUGAUAAUAGCACGAGUCAGGCCUUAGCCAUAUUAGGAGUUGAUUAUCACAGAGCACUCGCUUUCGGGAUCGCGGAGGGCGGAAGCCAGCAUCAGGUGCGGCUCCACGCAGCUCUCUACAAUGCAUAAAGACACAGGACGAUGUUCGACACAAAUUUUCUCAGGAGUAUUUAGGUUGAGAAUCCAGGUCUAGGCCUACUACAUUGGGCACACUACUAACAUAAACUCCAUGUUAGUGCCUUCUCUUGACUGUGGUUAUUGUAGUUAUGAUUUAGCCUGGCUAGGGAACUGGACCUCCUCCCCUCUACCCCCCUCAACCUUGCCUGUGUUGCUGCUGGUCUGGCCUGGGGUAUAUUGUCAUGAGUUGUAAGAUGGAGGUGCUGGGAGCACCAUCUAAAGGUGUCUGGAGCACUUACCCUGCUAACCUCUGCCUUCCCUGAAACUCCAGCUGCUUUGCCCUCUCUGGGCUUACUCUGUUUCUCACCACAGGCAGCUGCUGGGCUCUGCUUCAGUGCCCACUCCAGUCAGCGAGACAGUUCCUCGCAAUUAGCUGAGCACUGGGUAGACUCCUCUCCCAAGUUCACCUUGCUCUUUCCUUCUUGUCCUUGCAUAAAGAGUGCAAGCAUGGUUUUCACUGCACAUGUGGACUAAAUCCAGAGCCGUGGUCAUUUGUAGGCAGUGAUGAGCGCAGGCUAGUGGCUAAAACACUGCCAGAACCCACCCUGGCUCCUCUAAACUGCUGUGUGCUUACUUUUCUCAUCAACAUGACAGAAACAAGGACAGGGUGGUUUAUUUUGGUUCCUAGUUUCACAGCUGUCAUUUCAUCAUGUGGAAUGAGAGGGAACUGUGGUGCUGUGGUGAAACAAAGCAGCUCACAUCACAGGAGAGAAAGGGAGUUGGGGGAGGAGAAAGCUCCUACCUGCCAUCCUUUUCCAAUAAUGUUGUUGUAUUAUGAAUCAAAUGAGAAACCCAUCCAUAAUGACCACAUUGUCUCUAGAGACAACCCACAUACCUACCUAGAGUGCACUCCGCUAGUCUACUUCUCAGUCCAACUUGUUUGACAGUUCAGAUUGGUCCUUAUACCUAGGCGGGAAACUGCUUUCUCAUGCACCCUCACCAGCGUGCACCGCAACAGUCUGUAAGUGUUUCUUAUAUGGGGGCGUCCACCCGCUGUUCAGAGCAUUCUCUCAUGGGAGACUCCCACUCCAACCGUAAGUUCAGCAAAACUAAACACAAUUGUAGGACAGUUUUGUUUCUUUUGAAUCCUGGUCUCUCAUGUCCUAAAAGUCAACUUCUCAUUUUUGUGCUUCCCAAAUAAAUAGCCUCCUUUAUAAUUAUCAUGAAUAAUGUCUUUAAAGAUGUUUCUAGAUACUUUUUCUAGCAUUGUAUUUUUGUUAUAUUACACUUUCAUCUUUCAGGAUUUUAGACCAUGGGAAUUUUAGACUUUAUAGAUUUUGAGCAUUUUUUUCAAAUCUCAAACAUAAAGAGGUCAUAGAGAGUCACCCAGAGGAUCUGAUAUUAUAAAUUCCAUACUAUGAUUAAAUGUAUUCCUAAUGCCACCUCUCUAUGCAGCGUUCUGUUCCCAAUGCUGCUUGACAGUUAAUGCUAUCCCUCGAAAGGAUCCGAAUCACCUAGCAAGGGACCUCUGGGUGGUCCUGUGAAGGGCUAUCUGGAUUAGGCCAGCAGAGAUGGAAAGACCUGCCCACCAUGGGCAGCACUGCUCCAUGGGCUGGGGUCUUGCUGGACUUGCAGAAAAAGAAGGGACCGGCUGGCUGAGCAGUCGUCACACCCAGACAUUCACUAUGUCAGUGUCCCAUAAUGCUGCCUGCCAUCCAUGGCCAGCAGAAGUUGGUGACUCUCUACCGGUGCAGGGUGGGACCGCCCCCCCUUUUUUUAUGAACCAUUCUUUCAUCAAAUAAACUGCCAAACUGAAUUGUCUUAAGUUUUUCCUUUGUCACUGGCCUAGGGAAAAGACACACAGAGGCAGCUGGAGGAGGCAGGAACAGGGAGUCCUCCAGAAUGAGUCGUAACGCUGUUGCCUCUCAGUCUAGCUUCUGAUCCGAAACUGGCUUUAUUUUUUCCUACAUGUUUGUACACACGAGCAUGCCUCUUUCCAGCAAAAGCCAGACAGGGUGUAAGAUCCCUGGAAUUGGAGUUACAGAUGGUUCCAGCAUUAUGAGGGUGCCAGAACUGAGGGUCUCUGGGUCCUCUGCAAGAGCAAUGUGCUGGUUGUCUCUCUCUCUCUCUCUCUCUCUCUCUCUCUCUCUCUCUCUCUCUCUGUGUGUGUGUGUGUGUGUGUGUGUGUGUGUGUGUGUGUAUUGCUUGACACAAGCUAAAAUUGUUUGGGAAGAGGGACUCCCAUCUGAGAGUCCAUAAGAUUGGCCUAUAGAGACAGAGUUUCUCUGUGUAGUCCUGGCUGUCCUGAAACUCACUCUGUAGACCAGGCUAGCCUCAAACUCAAGAGAUCUGCCAGCCUAUGCCACCCCAGUGUUGGGAUCAAAGGUGUGCACUUGGUUUUUAAUUUUUAAUUUUUAAAGGUGUUUUUUUUAUCUCAGAACUCGCUAAGUCUUAGGAGAAAACAACAAAUUCUGCACCCAGAAUUCUGGGUAGAAAUUACACCUCUCAUUAGGUACAAAGUUUUAGGUAGGUCAUUUGGCUAUUGUGAGGCCUGAUUUUCUUUGUAAACGGGGAUGUGAGAUUCAAGCCAUGGAGGUAAUUGAUGUGUGGAGGCAUUUUGAAAUGUGUUUUUCAUGACACUUGGCUUAUGUUGCUUCUCCUUCAGGAAUACCAGCUCAUGGUAGGACUCAGUAAUGCUAUGCUCUGGUUCUCGUAUUUUGUCACCUUCUUGUUGAUGUAUUUGAUUAUCAUCUGUUUGCUGUGUGGAAUUUUAUUUCUCAAGAUUACACACGAGAGAGUCUUUCAACACAGCGACCCGCUGUUCAUUGCCUUCUAUUUCCUGUGUUUUGCCAUCUCCUCAAUGUUACUUGGCUUCAUGAUCAGCACACUCUUUGACAGAGCGUCUGUGGCCUCUUCCGUUGCAGGUUUCCUCCACUUUCUCACAUUUUUUCCUUACUUAAUCAUAGCUCAGACAUAUGGUCAGACAAGCCUCGCGGGGAAGCUGGCUCUCAGCCUCAUCACAAACACAGCGCUAGCUUUCGGGGCUGACUUGAUAUGCAAGAUGGAAAUGAAGGGGCAUGGUGCUCAGUGGUACAACAUCGCUACAAAAAUAAAUGCCGAUGAUGACUUAACUUUGGCUCAUAUAAUAGGAAUGUUUUUAUUUACUGCUUUUCUGUAUGGCAUUGUGGCCUGGUACAUAGAUGCUGUCUUUCCAGGGAAGUAUGGUAUACCUAAGCCCUGGAACUUUUUCCUGCAGAAAACCUACUGGUUUGGAGAACCAUCCUCAAGCAAGGAAGAGAGCCAAGUCACUGACCUACCCACAAAUGAUUUUGUUGAGCCUGAACCUGUUGGCUUAGUGGCUGGCAUCCAGAUUCAACAUUUGUACAAGAAAUUCACAUUAAAAGGUAGUACCGUGAUGGCAGUACAAGACUUAUCUUUGAACCUGUACGAGGGGCAGAUCACCGUUCUUCUGGGACAUAAUGGGGCAGGAAAGACCACCACCUUAUCGAUCCUCACAGGUUUGUAUCUUCCUACCAGAGGAAAGGUCUACAUUGGUGGAUAUGACAUCUCAACGGACAUGGUUGAAGUUAGGAAAAGCUUGGGCUUGUGUCCCCAGGAUGACCUGUUGUUCCCGAUGCUGACUGUGUCAGAACACCUUGAUUUCUACUGUGUGAUAAAAGGAAUGCCUUCAAAUAAAAGAACCGGAGAAAUUCGUAGGAUGCUCACUGCUUUUGGCCUGCUGCAUAAAAGUAAUACAAUGUCCAAGAAUCUGAGUGGAGGGAUGAAGCGCAAACUCUCAAUCAUCAUAGCUCUUAUAGGGGACACCAAGGUGGUGAUACUCGAUGAGCCAACAUCUGGCAUGGAUCCAGUCUCAAGGAGGGCCACCUGGGACUUACUUCAGCAAUAUAAAGAGAACCGUACCAUCUUGCUGACCACACACCACAUGGACGAAGCUGAUGUGCUUGGUGACCGCAUUGCCAUCCUAGUCAUGGGAACCCUGAAGUGCUGUGGCUCUUCACUUUUCCUGAAGAAAUUAUAUGGUGUGGGAUAUCACCUAGUCAUGGUGAAGACUCUUGAAUGUGAUGUUGAAAAAGUCUCUGAGUUGAUUAAGAAUUACAUCCCAACUGCUGAGAUGGAGAUGCAUGUCGCAGCUGAAUUGUCAUUUACCCUGCCAAAGGAGUACACACACAGGUUUUCAGAACUUUUCGCAGAAAUAGAAGAAAGACAAGAAGAGCUUGGUAUCAUUGGCUUUGGUGUCUCCAUGACUACCAUGGAUGAGGUUUUUUUCAAGGUCAGUAAUCUGGAAGACUUGAAUCUGAAUACUGAGGCUGCCCAUUCAACUUCCACAGAGGACAAAAGCACAAGUCAAGACAACCAGAAUAUGAAUGUACCCAGAAAUUUUGAUAGAAAAAAUUAUCCAAGAAGAUAUUCUAAUUCUUCAUUCAAUACUGGGUGGGUUCUCUACGCCCAGCAGUUCCGAGCCAUGCUCCUCAAAAGGGCAGUGUUCUCUUGGCGCAACUGGAAACUACUGCUAUUGCAGUUGCUGGCACUUCUGGGUCUCAUGUAUCUUCUGAUGAGAGGCAUAAGCUUCUCAACGGCUCGAGAACCUGCCAGGGUGAUGGAUUUGGAGCAGUACAGGGAGACCAUUGUACCCUUCUCAAUUUCUGGAGAUCCUGAUUUGACCCAGAAUCUCACCAAAAAUCUUGAGAUCAUGUUAAAGGCUAAAAAACAAGAACUUCAUGAAGUGCAAGGUGAUGUCCAGGACUACUUGCUGAAAAAUAAAAAAUGCAUUUAUUCAUGCAUCAUUGCAUUCUCCCUCACCGUUACCAGAGACAAGAAGGAGUUUACCUUCUGGUUCAACAACGAGGCAUACCAUUCACCGUCACUAUCCUUGUCGGUUUUAGACAAUAUUAUAUUUAUGUCUCUCUCUGGUUCAGAUGCCACCAUUACUGUCUCCAACAAGCCUCAGCCUCAACGUGUCACUGAGAACAAAUAUAAAGAGACGUCUACUUUGAUUCUUCGGCUAGUCUUUAACUUGUUGUUUGGGAUGAGUAUUUUCACCAGUGGCUUUUGCCUUAUGACAGUGACUGAGCGAGUUAGUAAAGCAAAGCACAUCCAGUUUGUGAGUGGGGUCUACACCUUUAAUUUUUGGCUCUCAGCUCUGCUAUGGGAUCUCAUCGUCCAUUUUGUUGCCUGUGCUCUACUGCUGCUGGUGUUCCUAAUCACUGAUGUGGACAUACUGUUGGAGAAAUACCAUUUCCUGGACACGAUGCUCAUCCUCAUGCUCUUUGGAUGGUCCGCCAUCCCCUUCAUCUACCUGCUGAGCUUCUGGUACAAUACUAGCACCGGUGCCUAUAUCAAGAUCUUCAUCUUCAACCACUGUUUAGGGUUUAUGAGUAUAAUUGUGGAUGCUGUGGUAAACAUCAUGCCAGACAUCAGCACCAGUACUAAGGACUUCAUACUUAACUUGCUGCUGUUGUUACCCCUCUAUAACCUUGGGGUGAGCAUCUACAAAUACUAUAACAUCCAAGAGAUGAAGAAACUAUGUACUUCUUCAGAAUAUGUUAGUGCCACUAAAUUUUGCCGUGAAAUUCUUGAUAUUUCUGUAUACAGUAUGAGCCAAAGCUCAAUUGGAAGACAUGUGAUUGCCAUGGCUGCCACAGGAGCGGCUUACCUCUUCCUCAUUUUCCUUCUGGAGCUUACCUCAUGGAAUUUACAAGCAUUUGUAUAUCGCUGUGUUUUCUUUGGAAUUUAUAAGAUAUUUAGUAAGGCUAGACUGUCCCGAGAGUUAUCUGCGGAAUCUGAAGAUGAAGAUGUACAAAAUGAAAGGGAAGCUAUCCUGCAGCAUCCUCAAGAGUCCCUGAACUCUACUGUGCUCAUUAAGGAGCUUGUAAAGAUAUAUUUUAAAGUGCCACCCAUUCUGGCUGUGAGAAAUAUCUCUGUCACCAUCCAAAAGGAGGAGUGUUUUGGAUUGCUUGGACUAAAUGGAGCUGGAAAAACUACUACCUUUCAAAUUCUGACUGGAGAAGAGGUUGCUACGUCUGGGGAUGUGUUCAUUGACGGCUACAGCAUCACAGAAAAUAUCCGAAAGGUAAGGUCAAAAAUUGGCUAUUGUCCACAGUUUGAUGCUUUGCUGGAUUUCAUGACCCCUCGGGAGAUCUUGACAAUGUAUGCCAGGGUGUGGGGGCUUCCAGAGAACAGUAUUAGACCCUAUGUGGACAACUUGUUGGAAAUGCUGUACCUGCAACCACAAGCCGAGAAGUUUAUUUACACCUUGAGCGGAGGAAGCAAACGCAGGCUGAGCACCGCUGUCGCCAUAAUGGGGAAAUCGUCCGUCGUCUUCCUAGAUGAGCCGUCCACUGGCAUGGACCCGUUAGCCCGGCGCAGGCUCUGGAACACAGUGAUAAGGACGCGAGAGAGUGGCAAGGUCAUCAUCAUAACCUCUCACAGUAUGGAGGAGUGUGAAGCUCUCUGCACCAGGCUGGCCAUCAUGGUGCAGGGAAAGUUCGUGUGCCUGGGGAGCCCUCAGCACCUCAAGAACAAGUUUGGCAAUGUUUACAUCAUGAAUGUCAAGUUCAAAACGGACACUGGUGACGAUGUAAUAAAGGACUUUGAAGGAUUUAUUGCCCAGGUUUUCCCAGGCACAAGGAAUUGGCAAGGUUGUGGUUGAUCUCCGCAGAAAGCGCUGCCAGUGAAAAGCAGAAACCCUGGCAUGAUGGAAGCACAGUGCUAUAAAACAGAAAGACAUUACCUCACAACGGGCCACAAGUGGGAUAGACACCAUGAUAGAAGAACAAAGAAACUGGCUGACGAAACAAUAGAAGGAUCUACAGGACAGCCAACAGCCUUGGAGAGGAUUUUCUCAGCAAAGUUUCGUAAAUACUUAACUAAAGAAUAAACAACAUGCAGUGUGCAAAGGAAAUGGAUAUUGCAGAAGAGAACAACAGGGAAAAACAAACUAAUGUAUAUAUGGAUCUGUGGGAAAGUGAAGUAAGGCAGGGACAGGCCAGGGAAGCCGGUCACAAAGGGAGUGAGGUCAGCAGAAGAGAAGCAGUACUGAAACUUGUCAGUCGUGUUCCUGAAGCCAAAGAAGACAGACCGAACAUUAAAGUCAAGCACCAAGGCAUAUUCUAAUGAAAUCACUGCCCUUUAGUCUAGCUCACUCUGUAGACCAACAGUCAAGUAAGUCAGUGACAAGCAGAAGCAAAGCAGAAUGAAUAGCUCAAGCAUGUGUGCACGUGUGUGUGUCUCACUGUAUGUUCACAUGUGUGUAUGCAUGAGGAAUCCAGAAGAAAACCUCAGAUAUCCUUCCAUUAGAGCCACCCAUAUUACCUGCACACAACACACAUAGGUGUGUAGUGUAUGUCUUUGUCAUAUGGGUAUGUGCUCCUAUACAUGCAAGUGUAUGUGUACAUACAUAUGAUUGUGGAGGACAGAGGUCGGUGUAGUCCUCAGGUCAGUGAGGUCCUCAGUUGCUCUCUGUCUUUUGAGGCAGUGCUUUUCACUCAGUAUGAAGCUUCCCAAUUUGACAAAACUGACUCUAGGAAUAACCAGUCUCCGCCCUGCUAGCACUGGGGUGACAGCAUAGGCUAGCACUCCCAGCUUUAUGUGGGUGCUGGGGAUAUGAACUCAGGUCCCCAUAUGUGGGCAGCACUCACUUUCUUGACUGAGCCAUCUCCCCAGACACGGUGUUGUGUUGUGUUAUUGCCAUGUCAUAACCUCUUACUGGUCUAGACCUCACCAAGACCAAGUAGGCUAGGCUGGCUGGCCAGUGAGCCCCAGAGAGUCACCUGUCUUUACCUUUCCAACACAGGGAAUUAGAAGUGAAUGCCACCACACCUAGGCUUUUAUGUGGGUUCUGGGAUUCAAGCCUAGGUCCCCAUGCUUAUGCAGCAAGCACUUUACCAACUGAGCCAUCCUCCAAUCUGGUGCGGGAGAAUUGUCUUUAUUUUGUCAAUCAUGUUUUAAAUAAAUGCUGAUUGGCCAGGCAGGAAGUAUAAGCAGGUCAACCAGACAGGAAGUAGAGGCGGGGUGAUGAGAACAGGAGUAUUCUGGGAAGAAGGAAGCUCUUCCCCCAUUCCAGCCCAGACCACCGAAGAAGCAGCAUGUGAGCUGCCCUGAUGAGAAAGGUACCGAGCCGUGUGGCUAACAUAUAUAAGAACAAUGGGUUAAUAAAAGCUACAAGAGCUAAUAAGAAGCCUGAGCUAAUGGGCCAAUCUUAUUUUUAUUACAAUUAUAAGUAAUGCAGACUCUCUGUGUGAUUUUCUUUGGGGCUUGCCAGCUGUGGGGUACUGGGCAGGACAGAAACCCUAACAAGCAGGCUCUCCAUGUUACACAAAUCUUUGACAAUGUUUUAAAACAACAGCUGCCUUAGUCAUUUGUUCAGUGUUUGCCUAUCACAGAACACACAUAUUCAAGAAAGAGUCUCAUUGUGAAUGGUGGGGGCAGCAUCUCUGCAGUUCUCUGUAUCUUCAAAUGUAAGCUGAAAUUUGACUUAAAAAAAUACUGAAAAGGGCAGUGACCCAGAAAUUCCAUGUCUAGAAACAGACUGUAAACAUUUAAAUCACCUGUGCUAAGGGUUAGAUUUAAAAAAAAAAAGAUAAUCAGAACAUUUUGAUACAAGAAACAACUCUCAGCAGUCAAAUGAAAGUAAAGUAUAGGAUAUUAAUAUACUGACUGAUGCAGAAAAGAUAAUGAGUUAACUAUGACAAUAUGAAAUGCCAUGAGUAAACCUUUUAAACAGUGUUCAAUGAAAGAAGGAUUAGAAACUUUACCCAACUGGGCUUAAAAUAUAGAUCGGGGGUAGAUGACUUAUCUACCAAGUAUGAGGACUAAAAAUGGGCAAAAUCAAACCAUUAAGAUAAGAACAAAAGAAAAUAACGUAUAAUGGGUUAUUUUACUCAAUUACACUGAAGGCACUGGAGACAUUUCAUUGGGGCAGAGGCUAGAAGGUGUCAUGUGGGAUCAGCUACUUUGUUAUUAUUUGACCUGAAUGGGAGGCUUCCUGUGUGUUGAUUUCAAAUAAUUAAGUUCUGUGUUUGAAACAGUAUAUAAUAAAAAAAUUUGUGUGGCAAUGCAUGCUUUAGGGCUGAUAUUAAAGAAAAUCCCAUAUCAUAAUAACUACAUAUGAGUUACUUUCAAUUUUUAAAUCCAAGUCAAUUUAUUCUACAAAUACACAAUUCAGAUAUAAACAAGUAUGUGUUCAAAAUUCAUACAGGAUACUACUAUUUUCCUUCUGAUUGUACUAGUGAAUUCUUACACACUUGUAAAGCAAACUAACAGACUUUGGUGGCCUGUAUGCUGUCUGGGUAUUUCCUUUUACGUGGCAGCAAGAUUGUAUAAUCACAAGAAUAUUGAGGCAGUGUCAUCCCUGCUCCCCUCCAAAGCCACCAUAGGAAGAUGCGUGACCAGGAGUGCAUUGCCCCAGCUCACAUUCUCAGCACUGGUUUAGCAGUAAAGACUCAUGUUAAUUUUAGGAGGACCAGUAUCUAACAUUAGACUUGUGAGUUGAACAAUGUAUGCUCAAUAACUGCCUUGUAUUCCACGACAAUACGGUUUCCUCAGUAAUAAAUCUUCUGAAAACAGUA